AUGCCAACUGAACUCUCCCGGGCCGUGAGAAUGCACGCCAUCUCCGACCUCCACUCCUCCCUCACCGUGCGACUCCUCAGCAAGGGGCCCGAGUACCUCCGCAGGCAGAUGGAGGCAGGCAACCCGGGCAGGAAAAGUGCCGUGGAGAGGCUGGCAGCCGAUAAGGCCAAGUACGUAAAAAGCCAGCAGGUAAUCAGCACCAAGCAGGAACCCGUCAUCGUCCUUAGCUCAGCCUCAGAGAGCAGCAGCGAGACCUGUUCGGUGGAGAGCAAAAAAAUCAGCAGGGACUUUGGCAGAGGGAAGGGCGCGAAGCCCCUGGAGCUGGCUAAGGCGGUGUACUCCUGCCGCGCCCCCCUGCAGCACGGCCCCCCCAUAGCCAGGCGCAGCACCCCCAAGAGGCAGAUGCGGCCGGAUUCCCUGGUGAUUUACCGCCAGAAAUGUGAGUUUGGGAGAGGUCAAAGCCAGGACAGCUCACGGGGGAGCUUGGUGAGGAGGAUCUUCCAAGGGCCCAUAAAGGAGAAGCAGUUGGCUUCCCCUGAGAUGCCCAGAGUCAUGGAGGACACUGCAGCCACCGAGAGCAAAGAGCCUCUCUCAGCAAAAGACAGUGACCAUGAGCCAGGCAACCACGGAGCGGAGCAAACCGUCACCGUGAGCACCAAAGCCCCGGGGGUAUGUACAAAAGAGCAUGAGAGACCCUCAAAACUGAGUAUACCUCCUGAGGAGGUCAAGGAGGUGAAGAGGAGAGGUCUCCAUCGCUCCCAGUCGGACAUCAGCUCUCGCUACUCCAAGUCCUUCUCCGAGUUUGACUCAUUUUUCAAGUACUGUGGCCUGGAGCAGGAGGUCAUUGAGGAUCUUGGGAGAGAGAACUUCUCCGUGGUGUCCGACAAUGUCUCCUUCAAGAGCCGCAGCAUCAGCGUGGCGACGUCCGAGAGCGACUUCACGAGGCACAGCGGGGAUGAGGGGCUGCUGGAGGAUGAACUCACAGACCAGGUCCCGAGCAGCACCUCCGUGAUCGAGCGCAACGCUCGGAUAAUCAAAUGGCUGUACACGUGUAAGAAAGCCAAGGAGACUAACAAGGUGAUCCAGGAACUGGCAUGA